UAAGAACUAAAUGAGUAUAGUUAAUGAAUAUAUAUUACAUCGAGAAGGAGCAGAGUUAGAAUUCAAUGGAGGAUUAUUUGGGCCAGAAGAAGAGUCAUCGCGACGACGUUUCGGCCGCAUUGCCAAGCGUUGCACACACCAGAGGAAAACCAACAGAGAAAUUGAGCCUCAAUCCCCCAAGACCAGUUGGACUGAAUUGAUGGCGGGUUUUAUGCUGAAUGGAAUUCGCCAACGACUGAAGCAGCUGACUCGAAGUGAUUAGUUAGCAAUUCCAUAAAUUGAUCAUUGCAAAUGAACUAAAUAGAGAGCACAUCGCACAUACAGGCUCUACAAAGCCAAAAUAGAAAAUUAUAUAAGGAAGGGACCUUACACAGAAGAAUGCAGGUUACGAAGGGGGCGAAGUUGAUUGUUCAGUCUACUGCAAUGCGCGACGGGAUGCGAGAGCGACAAAGACAUGAAGGGCUUUUCUUCUGGGGAGGGUUUGGUAGAGAGACGCCGAGAGAGACGAAAAGCGUCGAGAGACAGCCGGAAAGCGCGAGAGCAGAGGGGAAUUUUCCGAGGGAAUUGCAACACAGAGCAUGACAAUAAAGACAACAACGCUCAGCCAGAUAGAGUAGCGAAAAAGAUUUCGAUUUAUUGAUUCAGCGCAGCAAAAAUGACGUCGUGAAAUAUUGAUUAAGUACCGGAUUGAGGUUGGGAUGAAUCAGCGAAAGAGAGAUGGAGGUUGAGAAGAGAUGGCCAAAGCUAGAUGUUCGCCGUACGGUAGUAGGAGUUUGGAAGACAAAACCCAAAAAAUUCCGAACUGACAAUAAUAACCCUCCGCACUGUGCGGCUAUUCUAGUAGAGACUGAUGUGGCAAACGCUGUUUUUUGACAUUGGCUUAUAGUAUUUUGUAGAUGUGAUUAGCAGUUUUGCUAGGCUUUCAUCUUAAGAGCAACAACUACUGGAGUGAAAAGAGGUAACGUACCAAGUCGUGAUACGAUGUAUUCGACUAAUAAGUGUACAUGUCUAGGUGACUAGGUCGUAAGCAUAAAUCACAUCAGUUUUAGAGAUAAAUAGAUCUUUUGUUUCACAAUAUAUAAUUAACUUACGAAAGUUCAUUGAUGAUAUGUUUUUAGCCUUAGCAAUGAGGAAACUUGUAUAGCCAUCACCUUAUCUGCCUCAAACAAGCUAAACAUACCCACUAGUAAUCGAUCAAUCUAGUAAACACUAGAGAACCUCAAUUAACACAAAGAUGUGAAAAAGACGUAUAAUAUUUUGUUACAUGCUCACGAGGCAAAACCCCCAAUUGACGACCCGAAACUUUGACACCGUCUAUGCGUCCCCGCAAUAGUCGAUUAUGCGCACAAACCUUUGCAUCGUCAGUCCUGUCUUUCUUCAUCCUCUUCGACUCAAGGAUUAUGUUCUCGCAGUCGCUUUCAUCUACAAAAUCGGAAAGGUAGAAGGUAAAUGAUUUGAUCAACACUGUGAUAGUUAUCAGAAACCAAUCAAUGUCAGGCGACCAUGCGAGAUUAAAACAUGACUAAGAUACGAAUCACGAAAAUAAUAAAAUUUAGAUGUAAAAUGAGGGUCGUAAUUGCUAAAAGGGCUUUUCAUCUCCCCCUCAAAUAUUGUUGUAGACUUGUAGCAUACAUAGUAUAAUAGUAUAUGGUGCCAAAUGCCAAUUUUGCCGUCAAAUGACAAAAUGUUACUUUUAACGCCAUGCAUGAGGUUGGGAGGGAGCAAAGUCUAUUAAUUUAAGCAACUAAGUGCACCAAUAUAUAUUCAUAUUGUUAUUGUCGAAAUUCCACCUAUUGAGAUAAGAAAUUGCUCUUUAUUCAUUAGUGGCAAUCAUUUUCUCAUGGUUGUAUUUUUGUCGAUACUCGAUGAUUGAUCAUUGAUAGCUCUUAUGAUUGGCAAAAGGGCCAAAUGGUUUUGAUUUGUACAAGAACGAACUAGCCGCUUGGGAAGAACGAUGAUGAUAAUAAUAAUAACUACUUUUUUAUGGGAGGAAGAAUGAUGAUAAUCAUAAGCAAUAAUUAUAAUUAUAGUAAACCACAUUAAUUAAACAAAACAAACGCGUCCUAUGGAAAAUUCCUAUCUUGUUGAUUUUGAUGUCUCCCAACGAAGCAAAAAUGAAUGCGCGCACAAACAUACAUUUCCCAUGUUUGUUUGGUGGAUUGGACGUAUCAUUGUAGGCAUAGGGACUAAGCAUUUUGGAUCUAUUGUCUAUCUUUAUCUUUAAUAGGAGAAAGAUUGUUAAAGAAAACUGAAUUCAAUUCAUUCGAACUAUGAGAGUAAUUAUAAGUCGUUAAGUAGAGGUUACGAAAAAUGCAUUCGAUUGAGUUCGUUUGGAGUUUGGACAUGUGAGACAUUGUCAAGUUCAUCAUUUGACUAUAAGAAAUAAAGUGACAUCGAAUUUUCAGACAUCGCAAAUUUGAAAAACUCAACUUAACGGAUAGAAUCUGCCAAAUCCAACAUUCAAAAUGACCUUACCAUUUUCCUAGCUCUUACUGUUCAUAUGUUAUGAUAUGAAUAUAUCAUACCAAUUCGU